AUGGACUCGCAAGUGCUACUGAUUCCUCCGCAAGAACGGGUGUCAUUAGCAGUGAGGAAUCUCACCGUUACUGUCAAAAAAAGAUCGAAAAGCCACCCCGAACUAGACCGCCACAACAUCUUGGAAAAUGUGUCGUUUGACCUCAAUCAAGGCGAGAUGUUGGCCAUCAUGGGUGGGUCUGGAAGCGGCAAAACCACCCUCCUCAAUGCGCUAUCCACCAGGUUAGGCUUCCACAACAAGACCCUCCAAUUUGAGGGCUCCAUCGCCUACUCCACAGAGGCAGACCUUCCUCGGAUCAAAAACUCGUACCUCCUACAGACCGACAUCUUCCUUCCUGGUCUCUCUGUCUUUGAGACCCUAAAGUACCAAGCGGACUUGCGAAUGCCCCCUCUGGUGUCCAAGUUCGAGAAGGUCGAUUUGAUUGAUCUGUUGCUAGACACCUUGGAAUUGACCCAUCUUCGCAACGACAAGGUCACCAGCUUCACCAACAAGAUCAACUUGUCUGGAGGCGAACAAAGGCGACUUUCGUUAGCUAUCCAGCUCUUGAACAAGCCAUCCUUACUCUUCUUGGAUGAACCCACCACCGGCUUGGAUGCCAGCAGCUCGUUGAAGUUGGUGUCAGUGUUGAAGAAAUUAACGGGUCCUAAUUACGGCCUAACCGUCAUCUUGUCGAUCCAUCAGCCAAGACUCGAAAUCUCAAACUUGUUCGAUAAAAUUUGUCUCUUAACUAGAGGAGGCAGGGUGGUCUACUACGGAUCGCUAGCGAACUCUUUCAGCUACUUUAACAGCUUGAGCUUUUUAAACAACUCCGAAUUCAACAAUAAAGAGUCUUCCAACUUCAUAGAUUUCAUCAUGGACCUAUCGGUCAAAGAUACCUCCUCACGGGCCAAAGAACAGUACAGUAUACAGAGAAUCGAUCACCUAGUGGAAAACUGGAAGAAGGUGUUCCAAAUAGACUUUAAGCUACUAUCGCCAUCAGAAACAAAGGAAAGCUACAACAAGCUCAAUAAAAUCCUUUCCAAAUCCACAAAAGAUAGGAUCCUGUUUUUCCGAGAAGUGGUGGUACUCACCAAAAGAACAUUUAUAUUGACUUCUCGUGAUAGGCUUUCGUUGCUAGCAUUGAACGGCGGUUCUGUUUUCAUGGCAUGUGCUUGUGGAUGGCUAUUCUUGAAUCCCAAAGGAGACUUGGCGGGAAUUAGAACUACCCAGUCUAGUUUGUAUGCUAUGAUGGAAAUCAUUGGUUUUGCACCUAUGUUCAUUGAAAUCGAGAGGUUGUGGGCAAACGAUGGCCUUAACUUUUUCAGAGAGUAUAAAGAGAACUAUGUUAGUAUAACGGGUUUCAUCAUUUCAAGGAGGUUGGGUAAAAUUUUACUCGAGGACUUUCCAGUAGGUGCGCUUUUUGCGAUAAUUACUUACUUUAUGUGGGGUCUUAGAGGAGGUGUUGGUCAUUUUUUCAUUUACUUCGCUAUUGUUGUGUUGACAACUUUCAUGGGUAUGGCCACGGCUAUGGUAUGCUUCGGUAUUGGCACGGAUCUAGCCAUUUCCUCGUUGUAUUUGAAUAUCUUCUAUCAAUUACAGAAUAGUGCAUGUGGCUUUUUUGUCAAUGCCAAGACGUUGCCAGUUUACGUUAGAUGGAUCAAGUAUAUUGCAUAUUUCUGGUAUACGUUUGGUGCCUUGAAUUCAAAUCAAUUUUCUAACUGGAACGGAACAUGCACAUAUGACAAUGCUCUGCAAUGUGCUCAAUUUACAGGUAACUAUCAGCUCGAUUUGUUAGGGUAUCCAGUAAACUGGGUUGGGGAACCAAUCGGAAUUUUAUGUGCAUGGUUAGGUGGAUUUUACAUCAUCAGUUAUUUUGGGCUUUACUUCAAAAACUAUGAUCUUGAGAUGUCAAAGACGAAACAAAAUAGGAUAGGUGACGAAGAAGAAGAAGAUGAGGAAGAAUCAUCCGCAGAUAACAGUGUCGGUAUCAGUCUUCGCAACGUAAACUUGUCUGUGCUCUUUAAAUCUCAAUUUUGGAAACCCAGACAAGAGAAGGUGAUUCUUGAGGAUAUCUCAGCGGAGUUUGCUGGAAACUCCAUUAAUGCGAUAAUGGGCCCUUCAGGAAGUGGCAAGACCACCUUGUUAAAUUACAUUUCUAGGAGAUUGUCAGGAGGCUCUAAGUUUAACAAAAGCGGCGAGAUUUUAUUAAAUGAGCACCAGCCCAUAUCAAGUCAUGAGUUGGCCAAAAUCUCGUCAUACGUGAGUCAACAUGAUAACUCCUUAAUUGCAAAUUUGACUGUGAGGGAAACACUUUAUUUUCAGGCUAAGCUUAGAUUACCUCCAGAGGACUUACCUCGAAUUACUACUAUUGUCAAUACCCUAAUCCGGAAAAUCGGUUUGAUGGACUGUGCUGAUACAGUUAUUGGUUCAGAAUAUGUGAAGGGUGUCUCUGGAGGUGAACAAAGAAGGGUAUCUAUCGCAAUCCAGUUAUUAAGCAAGCCUAAAAUCUUGUUUUUGGAUGAGCCAACGUCAGGAUUGGACUCUUCAACUGCUUUAUCGAUUUUAAACCUUUUGAAGAAAUUAUCGAAGACUAAUAACACAACUAUUGUACUUACUAUCCAUCAACCAAAUGAAGAUAUGACAAAGAUUUUCGAAAAUGUGCUUUUGUUGGGCAAAGGUGGACGAGUAGUCUAUAAUGGAACUAAUCGUGAAAUGAAAAAUUAUUUUCACGAAAUAAAUUAUGAUAUUCCCGAUGGUGUCAAUAUUACAAACUAUAUUUUGGAUUUAAUUUCGAGGGGGGUCGAAGAAGACAAGGAAACGACUGAUCUUCGGAUUGAUGGAUUGGUAAAUGAAUGGAGAUCUAAGACGGAACGCAGUCCUAAGGGUCUGGAGUUCCCAGUUAGUAACAGCGAUAUAAUUGAUACCAAGUUGUUUCACAAAAGACGGUCAUCAUUUCAUGUUACUUUGACCACUAUUAUCAGGAGACAAUUUUUGAACUCUAUUAGAUCAGCCGAUAUCCUAUUUGCAAAGAUGUUUCAAACAAUCCUUUUGGCAAUUGUGCAUACGCUUUUUUUUGCUAGAUUGAAGGACAAUCAACAGGGUAUUACAAAUAGGUUAGGGUUGGUUCAAGAAGUCCUCAAUUUGUACUUCGUUGGCUUAAUCAACAACAUAUCCCUUUAUCCGAUAGAGAGGAACAUUUUUUAUCAAGAGUAUAAGGAUGGUGUGUAUGGAGUUGCCGAAUUUAAUUUGUCCUACUUGAUUAAUGAGCUUCCGAUUGAAAUUGCACCUUGUUUGCUCUUCAGUGCGUUGAUUGUCUUCGCAGUUGGAUUGCCUGCAACUGCAGGUAUGUUUUUCACUAUGUUCCUCUCCUGUUUCGCAGCAAUCAAUUGUGGUGAAUCUCUCGGAAUUAUUAUGAACAGUGUAUUUGACCAUUUGGGACUCGCAACCAACAUAAUGUCAAAUAUAACCAUUUUGGCUAUUUUCAUGGGAGGCACCAUGGCUUUGAACAUGCCGCAUUUCUUCAAGGCGUGGAAUUGGAUCAAUCCAAUGAAGUACGCUGUUGGAAUUUGUGCUAAAUUGGGUUUUAGUGGCACAUCAUACAGAUGUACUGAGGGAGUCGAAUGCUCCUUAACAUCUGGCCAAAAAGUUUUGGAAACAUACAGUUUGGAUAUCGAUCUAGGAGUGUACUUUGGAGCGUUAGCUGCUUGUGUUAUAGUCUACAGAUGUGUUGGUUUUGCGUCUGUUUAUCUCAAGAUCAGAUACAUGAGUUCGAAUUGA